AUGUCGACUUGCACGAAUGACCAACAGGCACGCAAAUCUGAUAUUACAUGCUCACUAGCGGAAAUACGGGAGCGCGUGAAGCAAGCUGAGCAGAAGCGUGGGACGGGGAAGGAGGUCCGCUUGGUAGCAGUCAGCAAAACGAAGCCUGCGAGUGAUCUCUUGAUCGCGUAUGAAGCAGGUCAACGGCACUUUGGGGAGAAUGUCCAGGAACUCGUAGAGAAAGCCGCACAGCUGCCCACCGACAUUUGCUGGCACUUUAUCGGGACUCUUCAAUCCAAUAAAUGCAAAACCCUUGCUGCUGUGCCGAAUCUGUGGGCAGUCGAAACUAUAGAUAGCAUUAAAAAGGCUGAUAUGAUGAACAAGGCCUGGUCCGGAAAGAGUCAACCGUUACGAGUAUUCGUGCAGGUGAACACGAGUGGCGAGGAAAGCAAGAGCGGAUUACAUCCUACCGAGUGUAUUGCGGUAGCGGAGCACGUUGUGACGGCAUGCCAAAACUUGACCUUGCAGGGAUUGAUGACGAUCGGUUCACCAGAUAGGGAUGCGGAGAGUGAAAAUCCAGACUUUGUGUGUUUGAAACAGUGUAAAGAUACAGUCGACCAAAAGCUUGGCUUGGAUGUAGAGCUCAGUAUGGGGAUGUCGGACGACUUUGAGAAUGCUAUUCAUGCCGGUGCGACCAAUGUGCGAGUGGGCAGCAGCAUUUUUGGUUCACGAAACUAUGCAAAACGAUAA